AAUUCUUCCGUAUUCCGCCACUUCCGGUUUGGUGACAGUUUCAAGAGGAACGUGUUUGGUUUCUACACGCUCGGAGGUUUUAUGUAAUGGAUGUUCUUGCCAGCUGUGCCGAUACGGGCCAGGAUGGUUCUCGGACUUCCCACACGCUUCCUGGGAAUUCAAUCCCACCUUUUGAAGCCCAUGUACUUGUGGGAGUUACAGGCAGUGUGGCUGCAUUGAAACUGCCAAAUCUAGUUUCUGGUCUUCUGGAAAUACCUGGGGUGCAAGUACAGGUAGUAAGCACAGAAAGGGCUAAGCAUUUCUACAAUGUGAACGAUGUAUCUGUGCCGCUGUAUAGUGAACAAGAUGAGUGGGAAAUGUGGAAGCAGCGUUCUGACCCUGUACUGCACAUUGAGCUUCGUCGCUGGGCUGACCUCAUGCUUCUCGCUCCUCUGGAUGCCAACACCUUGGGGAAAAUUGCCAGCGGCAUCUGCGAUAAUUUGCUGACUUGCGUUGUACGGGCAUGGGACCUUCAGAAGCCACUUCUGUUCUGCCCAGCUAUGAACACAGCAAUGUGGAAUCAUCCGAUCACAAAACAGCAGAUAGCACAGCUUCAUGGUUUUGGUUACACUGAAAUUCCCUGCAUUGCAAAGCAGCUUGUAUGUGGAGAUGAAGGACUUGGAGCAAUGGCUGAGGUAGACACAAUCCUUAACAAGGUCAAGCAAGUUCUUUCAGAGCAUCCGCUGAUGCAACCAUGCCCAGGAGGAGUGUAGCAGUGGACACGGUGUCUUUGGAUGGAAGAAUCCAUUUUCCGCCUAUGAACAGGUCCCUUGGAAACCCAAAAAUGGUUAAAAAAAAAAACAGUUAAAAGUUUUCUAUGUAUGAUAAAUGACAGCAAUUAUAUCAUCUUAAAAUAAACACAUAACUUUAUUGUGUUUAAGAGCCUGAAGGCAAUCUGGAGGCUUUCACUCAGAACUUUUAUGAAUAUCAGCCAAAUCAUCAUUACCGCAGCUUACAAUGUAAAUAAAGCUUGCAGCUUGGGUCAUAUAGUGUAACAAUGUGAUGCUUUGUGCGGUGGGAAAACUUGUAUGCCGUACUUUUUGUGACAAAAACAUGUUACAUAAAAGGAUUGCAAUGCUCCAAUGUA